UGGCGGGUUGGGCCAGACUCCAGUGAAUUUACAGAGCUACCGACCGACCGAGGGAGAGGAGAGAAGUCUGGCGCACACACACGGCUCUAAUCUCCACAAACACCGCGGUAAACCCACACAAAAGUGUGAAAAAGAGAAGUUGCGGUUCUGGUGUGGCUUCCGCUUCUUCUCGGCUCCUUCGCCUCUUUUUCCAGCUCGUACAAACCAAUGUGGGAUAGAUAGUGAUUGGAGUUGACAAGCCCGCUCCACUACUGUAUGCGCUCUCUCCUCCCUCCUCUCCCGCUCCACACAAACCAGGAAAUCGUCGAGGUGUGCUUCUUUAUGCCGCUAGUGGCUACCCCGUUUGCGGGUGUAGAUGCGUGUUUUUCCCCCGAUUUUUCUCGGUUUUCUAUUUCACUCGUUUGACUUUUAAAGCCCGGGCACAGCUCUGAAGUCAGCCAAAGUUGCCUACGAGGAGAGGAGCUCCACUCUGGCCGAACAAUGAGUGAGUCGAGUAUUUGCCAGGCUCGUGCCACUGUGAUGAUAUAUGACGAUGGCAAUAAGAAGUGGCUGCCGGCGGGCGCUGGAGCCCAGGCCUUCAGCAGAGUCCAGAUCUAUCACAACCCCACCAACAAUGCCUUCAGGAUAGUGGGACGCAAGAUGCAGACGGACCAGCAGGUGGUUAUAAACUGUCCAAUUGUGAGAGGUUUGAAGUAUAACCAGGCCACACCCAAUUUCCACCAGUGGCGGGAUGCCCGGCAGGUGUGGGGGCUCAACUUUGGCAGCAAGGAGGAUGCUGCUCUAUUUGCCAAUGGCAUGGCUCACGCUCUGGAGGUGCUCAACUCCAUGGCGGACGCAGGCUAUGCAACACUUCCCCGCCCACUGUCAAAUGGACCUCCUGCGGAAGAUCUUGAGCAACAGCGGAGAUUGGAGCAGCAGAGGUUGGAACAGCAGGAACGGGAGCGACAGGAGAGAGAAAGACAGGAGCGGGAGCGGCAGGAAAGAGAGAGACUGGAGAGAGAAAGACAAGCUGCUGCAGGUCAGGAAACACCUGGUCAGGUCAACAUAACUGCAUGUAACUACAAUACAUUUGCUGUUGUGUCAGCAGUGAGCCAGGGAACGCUUGGCAUGCCUAUUCAGGCCGGGCGGACCCUGCUGUGCCCAGCUAGCAUUCGAGCUGCGGCGGUUGCUGGGAGGCACAUGCGCGUCGCGAAGAGGGGAGCGUGUGCAAACUGGCUGCCAACCCCCACUUACACCAUGUCUCCAGUCCUUGGGAGGGAGAUGGAGAAAUUCACAGAGACCAGCAGUCAGAGCGACAAACGAAACAGGGAACAACGGGAGCCUUGGCUGCCUGACCUUUUACCAAAUCCCCCCACUUUUCCAUUCCAGUGGUCGCAGCCCAGACAGGCUGGGGGGCAAGCCUGCCUCACUGCCUCCAUGUCUGCCUGCCUGCCUCUCUCGGUUGUCCUAGCUGCCUGGUCUGGCCUGGCCUGGCUUGGCGUUCUCUUCCCUGGCUGUGUUUUUGUUAACACUGUGUCACUGCCGCCUCAGGAAUCAGAGCUGUCCCAGAAUAAGGCUGGAGCCGGGGCCCCAGGAGCCGGUGGAGGAGGAGGAGGAGGGGGAGGUGGAGGAGGCGGCGGCGGCGGUCUGAUGGGUGAAAUGAGUGCCAUCUUAGCACGAAGGAGAAAAGUGACAGACACUGGAGAGAAGCCACCUGUGAAGACACAAGAUAAUGAUGAUUCAGAGCCUCAAGGUCAAAGCGACACCAUGAGAAGACCUUGGGAGAAAUCGUCUAUGAUCAGGAAUAACUCCAUCACCAAGAGCAUGGACUCCACUUCUUCAUUGUCCCAAGGUUCCAGGGGGAAGCCUGCAGGCAACAGUAACGAUGCAGGUGGAAUGGAUGACUCGGAUUUAGAGAAAAUGAAACAGGAGAUCCUGGAGGAAGUGCGGAAAGAACUACAAAAAGUCAAGGAGGAAAUUAUUGGAGCCUUCGUUCAGGAGCUGCAAAAGAGAAGCACAUAGUUCUGCAGAGUGUCAGGUGUAACGGAGGGAUGUGAUAGAUGGAGGUGGUUGAGGCCCACUGGGACCUCUCCUCCACUGCGCCCUCCCAUGUAGCCCAGGGAUUUCUCUUUUUCUCCUACACAUUUUCUCUUUCUUACACAAAUACAUGUGAGCAUACUUGCUUGUGUGUACAUCAUGCAUAUACACUUCAUGUAAAUGGUAACCCAGGGAACCUCCUCAUGUCGCCAAUCCGCCACUUUUGAUGAUCAGUCACUAACAAUGCAGCGGUUAUCCCAUCUAUCCCAUCUCUCCCGUGUUCGUUCAUCCCGUCCCCUCGUGUCCUCUUUGUGUUCUGUUCAUCUGAACCAAUUCAGAGCACAUAGCUACAGCCCCAGUUGCUCUUCCAAUUCGUCAUCAUGUACACUCAUCAUAACCCUCUUUUCUGCAUAAAUCCCGCUACUUGUGUCUUCUCCCUUCUGCUAUCAGACGCAACAUUUACUGAUAGAGCACUCUUCAGUAUUCAGGGACAACGUAUUGGUCACAUUUUUACUGUAAUAGCAAAAUGCUGGCAUGCUGGGAUCUUUUUUUUUUCUGUCUUUGUCAGUCGGCAGACAAUUGUUCAACCUCAAACACUGCUACAGAUAGUUCAGUUCAGACUUCUGCUAGUAGGUUAUUGUCUCUAAUGGUAGUUGGAGGUGAAAAAAAA